UGCGGUCGCAGGUCGCGCGCACGAGUCGCGUGCACGAGGAUCCGCCAGAGGUGCGCGCGAGGAGGAUGUGGAGUAAACCCAGUGGAGUCACUGGCUGAACUGGGAAUAAAACCAUUAACACCAUUAUCACACACACAGGGCAUUAUUUCAUUAUUACCGGAGCCGCGCUGGAACAGGAGCAUGAGCUGAACGGGUCCUGCUUUCAGAAAGUGCACUCCUAAAGAUCACCGUGACCUUGCUAUGGAUAGCAACGAGGUCGAGCUUUCCAAUAACAACAACAACAACGGCAUCAUUGCGCCUCUGUGGAAAAAGCGUACAACGGACCAGAUCUCGAAUGGCAACCCGAAGCCCAAGCCAAGACCUUUGAGUUGUCAGACUGAUGGUGUCCUUAUGACCGAUUUUCCCGUGGAAGACAAGUCCUCUUUCACCCUCACACAACCUGCAGAGACAGUCACCACUCCACAAGGCGCCAUGGUGAUCAAGCAUGUUUUGAACAAACCUACUCGUAAGACUCGUGUUGUAAGGAGCAUUAGUAUUGGGCAUAUAUCCAACGGACGCUUUUCUCUGGCUAAGUUCAGAUCAGAGAAUAACAGUGACAAUGUGGACAAUAAGCAGGUGCCGAAAACUACCCUGUCUACAAAAACUGCAAAUGAUUUGAGCAAAAAGGAGACAAAAAGAGAUGAUGAUCCUCUGAAGCGCCUGUCCAACCCAUUUACCCUCAUCUCCCAGAUGGAGCAGAUUGUUUUUGGGGGCUCGUCCCCAAUAACAGGUAGGCGAACCCCACAGAAGUCUAGCUCUCCCUCCCAGAAUUCCCCUCAGCAGCUCUCUUCUCCAGUCACUCUUCAAUCUUCUUCAUCUCAUACCUCCAUAUCCAGUACUCCCUCCCUUUCUUCUUGCACUUCUUCCUCCUCAUCCACUCCCAGCACACCAUCCGAGCCCUUUACCCCUCAAUCUCUGUCUCCAUCUGAAAAUGGCACAGGAACUCCAUUUUCACGCCAGUCCUCAAACACCUCCCAGGGAUCGGAAGUCAAGUCACCCCUACCCCGCGUAGCCCUCAGUACGCGCAGCCCUGCCGCGUUAAAGAUGGGCACCCAGCAGCUCAUUCCUCACAACCUGGCAUCUGAAACGCGACCAAGCAAAAUCAGCCAAUCUGGGGGGCUGUUAGGCCCUUCCAUACGUUCCCUCCGUGCCCGCAGCAUGGUGGAGAGUGGCUCCUUCUUCUCCACUAGUAAGAAUGUUGAAGAGGCGGAUGGUGAGGAUGCGCCCGGGGUGUUCAGGAGGGGCCUGAGGUCCACGUCAUACCGCCGGGCUGUGGUGAGCGGUGUAGACCUGGAAGUCCCUUCUUCUAACCUCCUAAAAGGUGUUGAAGAGGUGAAAGAAGGAUGUAGGAGUCCACGACCUACCAAAAACACGAGUGGAGAGAAGAAGAAGAAGCUACAGUCCCAGAGGACAUUUGACAGUGAAGAAGAUGAGGUUCUGUAUCAGAACUACCAGGAGAAGGCACUGCACGAUGAUUCGGAUGAGGAUGCUGAAUCUCGAGAGCCCAAAGCGGACCAGCGCAUCGUGGUGCAAUACAAACCCAUCCGGACGUCCUGGAGUCAGCUCAGUGUGGUGAAAAAAAGUGGAGCUUGCGAAAGGCUGAGCCAGGAGGAACGCAAAAGACAAGAGGCGAUAUUCGAGGUGAUCUCAUCAGAGCACAGCUACCUACACAGCCUCAUGAUCCUCAUCCGCUUGUUCAAGAACUCGCCAGAACUCAGAGACACCAUGACCAAGACGGACCACCACCACCUCUUCUCCAACAUCGUGGACGUGUGUGAGGCCAGUAAAAAGUUUUUUAAAGAACUCGAGGAUAAACACCAGCAGAAUAUCAUCAUCGAUGACAUCAGCGAUAUUGUGAUCGGACACGCCCAGGCAAACUUCGAACCCUAUGUGACAUACUGCUCGAAUGAAGUGUACCAGCAGAGAACAUUCCAGAGACUAGCAAAUAAGAGCCCGACCUUUAAGGAGGUUCUGUCCCGGAUUGAAGCUCACCCGGACUGCCGAAACCUUCCCAUGAUCUCUUUCCUGAUUCUGCCCAUGCAAAGAGUCACCAGACUUCCUUUGCUUAUGGAUACUAUUUGUCAGAAAACACCUAAAGACUCUCCUCAGUAUGAAACGUGCAAGAAAGCUCUUCAUUCUGUCAGCAAGCUUGUACGGAAGUGUAAUGAAGGUGCUCGUACGAUGGAAAGAACUGAAAUGAUGUACACCAUCAACUCUCAGCUGGAGUUUAAGAUUAAGCCGUUCCCACUGGUGUCGUCCUCCCGCUGGAUGGUGAAGCGCGGUGAGCUCACGGCCUACGUGGAAGAGAGCGGGAUCUUCUCUAAGAAGACGACACGGCAUCAGGUCUACUUCUUCCUCUUCAACGACGUCCUCAUCAUCACCCGCAAGAAGAGUGAAGAGAGUUAUACGGUGAUAGACUACGCCCUGAGGGAUCAGAUCUGGGUGGGGCCAUGCCAGCCGGAGGAUCUGUGCAUCUCGCCAACACGCACCACCGCAGGCAUGCUGACAUCACGGCAGGGCGGAGCCAGUCACCUGUUCCGCCUCAGCUUCUGCAGCAAGCACUCAGGAGACAAAGUGCCCAUGAUCCUGGGGGUGGAGCUUCUUAAUGAGCGUGCUCGCUGGAUCAGCGCACUGGGACGCACCAACAACGAGAAGAACGCAGACAGAACAAAUUCCAUGCAGGUGGAGGUGAAGCGUACGUACACGGCUCGGCAGCCUGAUGAACUCUCGCUGCAGGUUGCAGACGUUGUAAUCGUCUCACAGACGGUGGAUGACGGUUGGUACGAGGGCGAGCGAUUACGAGACGGAGAGAGAGGCUGGUUCCUCGCCGAGUGUACUCAGCCGAUCACGUGCCAGGCCACCAUUGAGAAGAACAUGCAGAGGAUGAACCGCCUGCAGGGCCUGGAGACCAACGUCUGAGCAGGAUUCGAGACCAUAAACAUCUCACACACACACACACAGAGAGAAAGAGCACGCUGGCCUGAGGAGCAGCGCCGUUACCGGGACAUCGUGUAGCUCCUCAUAGGAUCGAGCGCAGACUUGUAAUAAAAUCUCACCAGGACUGGAAACCGGUUCUUGGAAGAACUGAGACAUGGAUAAACUAAUCCAGUUCCAGGAGGAACGCUUAAAGUCUAGCAUGGGGGUGUCAGACAUACCAUACUGCCCAGGAUCUGGUCUGAUCACGGGACUAAAUCUGGCACACUGAUGUACCGAAUUUACUUCGUGAACUGUAACUGAAAUAAAAGAUUGAAAAGAAGAA